CUCUGUAAGCUCCCUUGGAGAUACAUUGAGUCGAUGUACUUGACACUUCCAUUUCCUCCUUCACACCCCUCCAGCGUCCGUGACCGCAAGAAGCCAGGCAAAGAUGCAAUCAAAGUCGGAAAACCCUUGCAGGUCCACCCACGUGUCAGGCACCCAAUUAUCUGGUUGUUCUGAGCUGUACGGCACAAGGCGGCAUUCGUAUCAUUUUUGCACGGCUCCUAACCAUGACGCCAAGUGGGGCGUGGGGGCUUGCGCCAAGGAGCCUCAUCCAGUCGUAGAACCUCAUGCUAUCUGAACGCGGCAAAAAUUCUCUAUCCGAUAAGUCGAUCCUGAUAUAGGAGUAUCAGAAUUUGCCUAGCCGGCCUUUCUUUAUGC